CUCCCACCUUACGCUCUCGGCUCUCUCCUCUCUCCUUAACUCCUUUAUUUUGUGGUAAACCCUGGACCCCGCCUGCUGGCCACCUGCGCUUCGUUUCAGAUGAAUCGGUCGAAUCUUCUGUCGACCCGAGAGAUUUGUCAUCUUUGUCGAGUUGCUGAGUUAUGGCUGUAGACAUAAGUACGUCGAAAAUACAGCAACAAAUAAUGUCAAUGGCCGGGGGCAGCCAACGAAAGGUGGCACCUGCGGUGCCUCCAAAGCCUGCCAAGAAACCUCAACCGCAGGUUCCACGAAGCGAGAGUAUCAAAAAGCCAGCAGAACCGUCGUACAGCACUGUCCUUCAUGGACAAUCUCAGGGCCAGGGCUCCACACGGCUCUAUUCCAAUCUGCCUCAGCAGAUGGACGAGAGUUCCUUUGGUGGAUCAACAGCCACCUACUGCAAUCUUCCUUAUAACAGUGGUGGAGACAUGGAUGAUCUUCCGCCGCCACCUCUGAUGUCAAACUUAAGUCGCAUGAAUACAGCGUGUCUGCCACCACCACCUGAUGAUCUUUUACCUCCUGCACCUUCGUCUCCGGUUAGCUCCAGCUAUUCCGAGCUGCGACGCGCACAACCCACAACGCAGCAGGUCACACAGGUUCAACUGCCUGUCGCACAGCAGGGCGCUCUUCAGCAGAACCCCUACUACCCUCAGUACAAUCCUUAUGCACCUGGCUCACAAACGUCCUCAACAUACGAGUCCAUUUAUGAGCCCAUCAAUCCUCGACCUGCCAGUCAACUGUCGACAAACUCAAACUACUCUCUGUAUGCUCCAUACGUCUCAAAAACCCAGACCAAACAGCAAGUUACUGACAGUGGCAAGGAGGCUGAGGUUGACGCCCUCACAGACCUUUUAUUGCAGUCGAUGGACUCGGCUAACCCCGAUUCAGACUUUUAUGGCAUUUGCAGUCAGUGCAAUGAGAAAGUCAUUGGCGAGGGCUCUGGUUGCACAGCCAUGGACAAAAUCUAUCACAUCCGAUGCUUCACAUGCCAUCAUUGCCAAAUCCCGCUGCAGGGCAAACCAUUUUACGGUCUCGAGGGCAAACCCUACUGCGAGGAAGACUACCUGAACACUCUGGAGAAGUGCUCUGUCUGCAUGAAGCCUAUCCUGGACAGAAUUCUUCGAGCGACAGGAAAACCGUACCACCCUGGCUGUUUUUGCUGCGUAGUUUGUGGACAGAGUUUGGAUGGCAUUCCUUUUACUGUUGACGCCACCAACCAGAUCCAUUGCAUUGAAGAUUUUCACAAAAAAUUUGCUCCUCGUUGCUGUGUGUGUCGUCUGCCGAUAAUGCCAGAGCCCGACGCUGAGGAAACGGUUCGGGUGGUGGCCCUUGACCGCAGUUUCCAUAUCAAUUGCUACAAAUGCGAGGAUUGUGGACUUCUUUUGUCGUCUGAAGCUGAGGGACGUGGGUGCUACCCUCUUGACGAUCAUGUCCUCUGCAAAGGCUGCAACGCUUCAAGAGUGCAGAGGCUUACUUCGCACAUUGCCACUGAACUUUGAAAGAUAUUCCUCCUUAGACUCCAAUGUAUUGAAUUUAAGAUUAGUGAUCAAAAGGAUCUCUGUUCUAUCUUUUGCAUCAUGGUUUAGCUUUUAUUUUUGUAUGGAUUCUGAAAUGACUCCGAUUUUUUUUGUAAUUCCAUUUUAUUUUUCAUGCUACUGCAAAAACCAUUCCGAAACAUGCAAUUUAGAUUUUUUGCUUUCUCAUUAUAUAAGAAUUUUCUACGCCUGAACAUAUAUAUAGCUUAAAACAUAUUGUUGCUGUAGCGGAAAAUAGAAUGAUCUCCUGGUGGGGCUUCACCCAUAUGUCGCAUUGUUUCCGUUGGGAAAGUGGAAGGGCAAUUUUCUGUGACAGCAACGAUAUAUGAAAAACUAAAGGUUUUCCAUUUUUGUGCUGCAAAUCUGCUACAAAUGCAAUAUUAUGACGUUUUACUGUAAAACUUACACAUAGCCCCAACACUAAUUUUAAAUAGACAUUUAAAAUAUUUUUUGCGACUUCAUUCAAAAAAUCUGUUAUUUUAAUUAAGUUUUGAUAUUUUUUAGUUUUUUGUUGCUGAAAUGAGAAAACCUGCCAUACUUAUUUUUGACAGCUCUGAUUGAGCUAUCAAUUGCAUUUCACCCUCCGCAGAGGUGGUAUCGCAUUGUUGUUGAUCAAUGUAUUAUUAAAAAUGGUAAUAAAAAAUGAAACAAACAAAAUAUUUAAUUAC